AUGUCGGAAAGGAAAUGGCCCUCGAGAGAAGGUUUCACGGCAGAUGUACUAAACCGGUGGAUCCAGCGCAGUAUUCUCGACCCAUGGAAGGUCGUUCCUCUACUAGCACUGGCACGUUACACCAUCAAAGGCCGCGAACUUACCGAAUCGCGCCCUCAUCUUCUCAAAGCACUUAAAGCCCUUGCCACCGUAGCCACCAUCAAACGACUCUCAAGCUGGCUGGAACGCCGCGCAAUCAAUAACGGCGUCUCCGACCACUACGAUUGGGACAAAGAAGUAGUCAUCCUAACCGGCGGCAGCAACGGAAUCGGCCGCCGCGUAGCCCAACUCCUAGGCGACCGCGACAUCAAAGUCGCCAUCCUCGACAUCUCACCUCCAGAAAAUCUCCCCAAUAGCGUCCGCUUCUACCAAUGCGACAUCACCUCACCAGAAAGCGUAAGCGAAACAGCCAGGAAGAUCCGCGCCUCAUUCGGCCGCCCAACUAUCCUCAUCAACAACGCAGGCGUCCUAAUAGCAAAAACCAUCCUCACCGCAUCCCCUGCUCAAACCCGUCGCAUGUUCGAAGUAAACACCCUAGCACACUACUGGCUCGCCCAGGAAUUCCUUCCUGACAUCAUCGCCGCGAACCACGGUAUGGUGGUAACGGUUGCUUCGCAGGCGGGUUAUAUCGGGACCCCGAAUCUGGUCGAUUACUCUGCUACUAAGGCUGCUGCUAUUACUUUCCAUGAGGGAUUGGCGGCGGAGUUGGUUACUAGGUAUCAGGCGCCGCGUGUGCGUACUGUACUUGUGACGCAGAGCUUUACGCGGACGGGACUGAUUGAUAAGUUGAGUCCGGAGGAUACUUUUGUUAAUCCGCUUUUGCAUCCUGGGACUGUGGCUGAGAAGCUGGUGGAACAGGUUUUGAAGGGGGAGAGUGGACAUGUUCUUGUGCCUGGUUCGACGGGGCUUAUGUGUUUGUGGUUGAGGGCUUGUCCGCUAUGGUUCCAGCAUUCUUUGCGCUGUAGGUUGGAGAGGGUGGUGAGAGCUGAUUGA